ACCGAUGCUUAUAGUCUGUCACGCGUUGUUGUUGUUAUUGUUAUCAUAGUUAUUUGUUUAUAACAAAAUUGAAAUCAAGAUUUUUCUACCGCAAACUUUUUCUCGCGCAAUACAAGUGAAAAUUGAAAAUAUAUUGAUAUUAUUGUCCAACACAUCCAUCUCUCUCCGUGCGUUACCGUGGAUACAUAUCAAACACUGCACGAAGCUUUUAGUUGACGCUUGCGGCCGAUUGCACUCGUGAAAAUUCUAAAAGUUCGAUACUAGACGAGAAAUGUGAAAUAGGUAUACAUAAUGUCGGAGAAUAUUCAUCUGAGCUUGUUGUCGCGGUACUACGGCCUGAAAAAAGAUGAAAACGGCGAGCAUCGUUCUGUCGUAUUGACGAGCUCCAAGGCAGUGGAAAAAUUUCAGAUUGCCCACGACGAGGACGGGCCGACCACCGAGCACUUGAUUUCUACCGAAGAAACUAACGAUAACGAGAAUUCCGAAGAUGAGCCGGAGAAAAUAAAUCAAGAAAUCGAGGAUUUCGUUUUGCCUAAAUCACCGCACAUACUCAAUGUCGAGGAUCUUGAAUUAGAAAUAAACGCUGCAGAGCCAGAAAGCACGAGCCCGGAAGUCGACAUAGUCGUCGAUCUGGAGGAGGAGAAAAAAGCACCGGUCAGCAAACCGUUGCCUCGACUCGAGGACACCUUGGCCAGGGCGCUGUCGAAGAUCAUCGAGUUGCCGCUCUCGGCCGGGAUGGUGCGUCUGGCCGGCAACAAUCCCGUCUGUCCGGCCACCAAGGCCAAAAAGUUGUGGCGCCAAAAGACGAUUCAGUCCAGGGAGAAUCUCCUGGCGCCGCCCAAUCUGCUGUCCAAGUUCAACGGCACCUACUUGGACUUGAACAAUUUUGGGAUUCCGAUUUUUCCGCUCAAUAUUUUGCCCCAAAUCACGAGUUUACAGAUUCUCUACCUGGAUAAUAACAAUCUAACAGAAUUGCCAGAGGAAUUAUUUAUAAUUUUAAAACAUUUGAAAUGGUUGGAUGUUAGAAAUAAUCAGUUAUGGAAUAUUCCAACGACCAUUAAAGGUCACGCAUGUCUAGAAACAUUAUUAAUUCAAGGAAAUAAUAUAGAACGUUUACCAUGCGAAUUAGGUCUUGUACCUAAUUUAACAAAUUUACAAACCGCAAACAAUCCUAUCGUUUUUCCUCCAAAGGAAAUAUUAGAUUUGGAUUGUGCAAGUAUUGUGAAUUUUUUGAGGACUGAAUGGAACAAAGAAAAUCCAAAUCAAAGAAUCGAACUGAGAACAAUCAGCGACGAGAAAUUAGUGACAAAAAAACCAUCGACCAUAAUUUGCUACCAACCAACGGUUAAAAAACUUAAAGAGAAAAAAUUGAAAUAUUUACAAAGUGAUUCGCCCAAAACGAGUGUUAGAGCUAAGCAAUGGAAUUACAAACCCAGCGACAGAUGUCCUAGCAAUCGAAGUAGAAACAUCUCUUUACAGAAAGUCCUUUGGAUGGAGGAAGCCAAAAAAAUUUUAAGCCAGCAAUCUAAAUUUCUCCAAAAAUCCAUCGAUAAAAAAGUCCUAAAUCAUUGGAGAUACCAGAAACGGUUCAAGCGACCUCGGAAAGAAUCGAAAUAUUCUCUUGAAGCCCCGUUUAGUUUAGAUGUGGAUAAACCUAGGGUGCAAAGCCAAAACAAAAAAACUUCAGAUUUCAUAUAUCUAGACGACUGUAAUUUCAAUGAAGAGUUUGAAAAAAUGGUGGAUUUAUUUAAAAAUCUUACGAAAGAAGAUUCAUCGGACAAUAUGACUCCACGAACAGAACAAAAGCAUUUGCAAUCAAAAAUGAAAAAAAUCAAAAAUUUGCAAUCAAAAUUAGAAAAUAUCAAAUUCUAUAACGACUCUGUACAUGCAGAACUUGACAAGAAUAAAGAUAAAGAUGAUUGUAAAAAACACAUUAGACCACCAUCGAUAAUAAUUUAGGAAAAAUAAGUUAUUCAAGGGCAUAUAGCAAUUUCAAUUAGCUAGAGAAGCACACAACAGUAGCAAAUGGUAUUUUUCAAAUUCAAGUACUAUACAAAAUAUUUCACGAGAAUUC